AUGAAGCGUGAGCUCAAGGAAUUCUCCCACCCCCAUGGCUCGACUGGGAUUUAUGAAGACAUUCAAACCGAUGUCCUCAUCGUCGGCGCCGGAUUCAGCGGUAUCUACAUGCUGAAUGAGAUGCGCAAAGUGGGUCGCAAGACCGUCAUCUACGAGGCUGGCUCCGAUCUAGGCGGCACCUGGCGCUUCAACUGCUAUCCUGGAGCUCGCGUUGACUCCCAGGUCCCCUUGUACCAGUUCUCCAUCCCCGAGACGCGAAAGGACUGGACAUGGACCACCAACUACCCCGACUACAAGGUGCUCCGCGCUUACUUCGACCACGUUGACAAGGUCCUGCAAGUGAAGAAGGACGUUGCUUUCGGCAGUGUGGUUGUCGAUGUUCAGUUCAAUGAGGAGCAGGGACGCUGGGUAAUAAAGACUGAGGACGGUCGCACCGCGUAUACCCCGGAAUGGGAGGGCAUCGAGAACUUCAAGGGUCCUAUCCACCACACUUCCUUCUGGCCCGAAGAAGACGUCGACGUGCGCGGUAAGCGUGCUGCUAUCAUUGGAACGGGCGCUUCAGGUGUCCAAGUUAUUCAGGCCUGGGGCCUUGUCGCUGGUUCCCUCAAGGUCUUUCUGCGCUCGCCCAACUACUCCAUCCCCAUGCGCCGUAAGGAGCUCACAAAGGAGGAGCAAGAUCAGCUGAAGACCAUCUAUCCCCAGCUGUUUGACCUCCGCGAAAAGACGUUAACCGGGGCUCUGGUGGACUUCUGUGAGAGAAACGCCCUGGAGGACGACGAGACCGAACGUGAAGCCUUCUACGAGCAACGGUACCAGAGCGGAGGCUUCGACUUCUCCACGGCCAACUACAAGGACACGAUGCCCCACCCGCUUGCCAACCGCUAUCUGCACGACUUCUGGGCCAAGAAGACGCGCGCUCGUAUCAACGAUCCCAGAGCCAAGGACCCGCUGGCUCCGCUUGAGUCGCCGUACUUCUUCGGCGGCAAGCGCUCCUCGCUCGAGACCGACUUCUACGAGCAAUUCAACCGCGACACAGUCGAACUGGUCGACGCCAAGAGCAACCCGAUCGUGGGCUUCACCGAAAACGGGAUCAAGCUGCAGGACGGGACGGUCCACGAGCUGGACGUGGUGUGCCUGGCGACCGGGUUCGACACGACGACGGGCAGCAUGAUUGACCUCGGAGUGUGCGGCAUCCACGACACGACGCCGCAGGAGGACUGGAAGAACGCGGCCGAGACUUAUCUGGGCCUGUUGUUGUCGGGCUACCCCAACAUGUUUCACCUUCAGGCGGUGGUCACGAUCGAGAUCGAGCGCCAGAACAUCCGCUCGAUCAACCCCUCGCACGAGGCUGCCCACGCCUGGAAGCUGCAGAUCAAGACCUUCCAGACGGCCAGCUUCUUUCCCACCGUCUCCUUCACCUACAUGGGCGGCUCCAUCCCCGGCAAGCCCUUUGAGCUGGUCUUCUACCCCGCCGGUAUACCCAUGUACGCCCGUCAGAUCCGCGAUGCCUUGCCGGGUUUCCCCGGAUUCAACAUCGUCAAGAAUGACGGCGAGGAGACGGAGAACCCUGCUCCAGGGGAUCUGGAGGCGACGACGAAUAUCUUUGAGCGGUUGUUCGGUAUGCCUCCGUCCUCUGCCAAGGAGGACCUCGCGAAACAGGAGAACUAG